AUGACGCCUGCCCAAGAAGGGUUCGACCCUUCAUCAACCGCAGUGCGACAGACAGAGCCCGGGUCACGGAAGACUAUCAACCCCGUCGCCUGCCAAAGCUUCAAGGACAAUGUGCUGUUUCCUUCCUGGCAGACCAGAUCAGAUGUUCUUACCUACUGCGCCGGUGUGGCGACAAGUCCAGAUCCCGAAGAUCCAGACUUGAUCCUUCGCCAGACGGAAUCCGCACGAGACCGGGAAAGAGAAGUCAAUGAGCGCCUCGACCCCUACUCUGCCCGGUUCUUCCCUCGAGAGGCACGUACCGAGUCGCUUGCCAAUCUCAUCCGCAAUGAGCGUACGAUCGAAGAAAUCAUCCGGGCCCGGACUUGGGGGAUGGUUUCAGAGAAAUGUACUGGCUCUUCUACCUGGGAAGAGGCGCUCAAUGACUGGCGCCAAUCUCACCAGAAAUAG